AUGGACUCGGCCACGACUUGGAUACGAGAACAGUGCAAUAGCGAGAAGAUGCAGCAGAUCUCGCAGCACCUUUUGACCGUCAAAGCGGUCCCAUAUCUUCUCCUCGCCCUGGCCGCGAUCUUAUUAGCAGUCAAGUACAUCCAAGACCACACCAAACGAACCCAGAACCCAACCCGUCGUCGAUCACCGGACCCAGAGAAACCAACAGAUGUUACGACCUACGCCACCAAACGCCUCAAACCCACCGAGCGAGAACCAGGCAACACCAAACCUUUACCUUACCGUCCCUUCCGCUACGGCGCCUACAACAUAACCAUGGGCCUCCGCACCAUGCCCUGGGACUCCUGGAUCGAACUGGACAAUCAAUUCCCGCGCUUCCACGCCCUCAAAGCCCAACGAAUCGCCGAACGUGGAACAAGAUGCUACCGAGCCGAGCGCUCCGACCCCCGAGUAUGGGAUGGCGCAGUCGAACUCCUGGAGGAGUUAGCUGAGUAUCUGCCUCAGCGGUAUCCGAGCCUCUAUCGCAAAACGGACGUCGGUCUCGAUAAUCUCCUCACGGGGGAAAGCUUCGACGUAUCCGCUUUGACCCGGAAUGGCGUGAAGGAAGACCCCAUCCUCCUCUCCGCUCGCCUCACCCAAGACGACCUGGCCAUCAUGUUCGAAAAAGAAGAUGGACAAUACUACCUCCUCUCCGCCUGCAUCCUGCUCGCGGGUUUCUGGCGGCUAGAAGAUAAAUUCGGGAUGCCGUUGUCCGAAAUCCACACUAGUGGGGACGUACCCGGUUUCAAGCAGAAACUAGAAAAGGGCAUGAUGAAUUUCUUCCGCCGCGUGCAGCCUGAGAGCCCGGUAUUGAGGAAUAAUUAUUUCUUGCAGGUUGAUGAUGAACUGGCUUGGUCGAGCUCGAUUGGGUCUGAAGACAGUACUGAGGAAGGAGGCAUAGGUUGGUUCUCAGCUGAAAAGGAUCGAGCGAUCAAGAAUCAUUAUUUCCGUUCGGAACGGCAGAGUCUGAGGCGGCUUCCCAGGUCGGGUGGGGUGGUUUUCACCAUCCGGACGUAUUUUCUUCCGGUUACGGAGAUUGCGGAGGAGGAUGGGGUGCCGGGACGGCUGGCGAGUGCGGUGCGGAGUUGGGGGGAGGAUGUUAGUCGGUAUAAGGGACGGGAGAGGUAUGGGGAUGUUUUGCUGGAGUACCUGGAUAUGAAGCACCAGGAGCAGGUCGAGAGGGGGGUGGAUUUUGGUGAGAGGGAGGAUAGUGGAGCUUAUCCUUGUUGA